AUGCAACCUCAAAGAAGGUUAAAUCCUGCUAUGAAGGAAGUAGUAAGGAAGAAGGUCAUGAAACUAUUAGAUGUAGGGAUUGUAUAUCCUAUUUCAAACAGUAGCUGGAGAUGCCAAGACACCAACUUGGUGUUGAAUUGGGAAAAAUCUCACUUUAUGGUACAAGAGGGAAUAGUGCUUGGCCAUAAGAUUUCAGUUAGAGGGAUGGAGGAUGUCAAACCAAGACUGCUGAGAUGGAUCCUGCUACUUAUAGAAUUUGAAUUGGAAAUUAAAGACAAGAAGGGAAAAGAUAAUGAUGUUGCAGAUCAUCUAUCUCGAAUACCCUUGGAAGCAUUGCAAUCAGAUUGCUAUGACAUUAAUGAGGAAUUUCCUGAUGAAAAGCUGUUGGUUGUGGAAGACCUACCUUGGUUUGCUGAUAUAGCAAACUUUAAGGCUACUCAGCAUAUCCCAAGGAGAAUGAGUUGGCAGCAGAGGAAGAAGUUUCUUCAUGAUAGCUUGGGAAGAUCCUUUUCUAUUCAAAAUUGGAAUUAUGGAGGCCAUCAUGAAGGAUCUAGGACAGCUGCCAAAGUUCUACAAGCUAGUUUUUUCUGGCCUACAUUGUUCAAAGAUGCAAAAGUCUAUGUAGAGAAUUACAACAAAUGCCAAAGAGUGGGCAACAUUUCUAAAAGACAUGAAAUGCCUUUGAACAACAUCUUAGAGGUGGAACUGCUUGAUGUGUGGGGAAUAGACUUUAUGGGACCUUUUCUAACCUCUUUUACUCAUGAAUAUAUAUUGGUGGCAGUAGAUUAUGUAUCUAAAUGGAUGGAAGUUAUACCAACUAGAACAAAUGAAGCCAAAGUGGUGAUUUCAUUCAUAAAGAAGAACAUUUUUCCAAGAUUUGGACUACCUAGAAUUCUGAUAAGUGAUGGAGGAUCACACUUCUGCAACAAAUACCUUGAAUCUGUUCUAGAAAAGUAUGGAGUAAAACACAGAAUAGCAACACCUUACCAUCCUUAA